AUGCUGAUAUGGAAUUUGCUCGCAGAGGGCUUGCCAGGCAACACAAUAUUUUUCCGAAUUGGUUCCUUUCAGGAGUACUUGCCAGACUCCAUGUUCUGCCGGAUUUGUGGGCAGCGUCGAGAUGUUGCUGCGCCUGCGCAUGUGCAGUCGUCGCCGCAAUCAAUGCCGUGGGAAGCAACCAGAGAGAGACAAAGUUUGCCCUCUCGGGAACCAGUUGCUUGCCAGACGCCCUUUGCGGCCGAAGGGCCCAUACCGUUCCCGCGGCCGGAAAGCAGCCCACAGCUGACGUUACCACAGCCGACUUUGUCCCAGCCUCGCUUUGAGCCCAGCCAUCCGAGCCCAAGACGCAGUCCGAUCCCAUCGGAGAUGGAAGCCCCUCGCUGGUGGCGUGCCAGAGAGGCCAAAAGCCAGGAAAGAGCCCCGCCAGUGCAGGACGAAUGGUACCAAACUUUGAUGUCCCGGCUCCAACGCUUGGGCGAGGGGGCUACCAGCAUGCAACAAGGUGAGCCUAUUGCGGCACCUCCAAGUAGCUUGGGCGAUGCUCGAAUGGUGAGGUCCAGCAGCCGAGAAGCCUUAAAUGCCAAACUCCGUGAGUUGGGAAUGGAGCGACCAGAACCGCCAACAUUCCGUGCCGACGCGCAUGUCCCAAGCACAUACAAUCCCACCGGCAACACUCUGCUCAACGACUUGCCUCAUCGGGCAUUUCGCAGGGAUAGCUACGUUGCGACUUUCGGCGGGCCGCGGCGAGAGGAACUCAUUUUCUGA